AUGUCCUCACCGCAAGCCGUGGCGACGACGCUCCAGACGGGCUUCACCGUCGCAAACCCGCGCCAGCCCGUCCUGUCGCCCGCAUUGCCCGACCGCAGCGUGACGGCCGACACCAUCGAGGACGCCUACGUGCGCUUCAUCUUCUACUGCAACCCUGCGCUGCCGCCGGACGCAGACACAAACAGCCUGCGCGAGGCCUUUGCGAACCCGCCCAGGAGCGGUGGCAAGAGCUUCAGCCCCUUUCUGACCACUACGCUGGGCGUCGAGCCGCCGGACCUGGCCAAGGACGAGAGCGUGCAGAAGAUUGCCCAGUACGGCGUCCGUCUCAAGAAAUGGAUGAACUCGAUGCAUGUCAAGGCCUUUUUUGAAUAUCUGAUGGACAUUGAAAACGAUUACUGGACCAGCAUCCCAGACGAUCCAGAUCCUACCGGCCGGCCUGUACGUGACGGCGUGGCCAUUGAAGACGACAUGGCCCUGAGGGCUCUUUUGCCUCACAUUCGCCCCAAGCGAGGUCGCCGAAGGCCAGAACCCGACGACGUCGCCGGCUCUCCGGCCGCCCAGCGACCACGCCUAUCGCCCCCGUCGGCAAUCGAUGGCCAUCGGGGCUCGUGGUCCGCCCAUCCAGAUGCCCGGGGCCAGGUGCUGCCGAUGGACCCUUCCCGGCCGGGCGCCGUCGCUGCUUGGAGCUCCAACGACACCGUGCAGACUCCGCUGUCCCGAUAUCCCAACUCGGCCAUAACGCCGUCCACCAGGAGCUCGUUCUGGGACGACGCGCUGGAACCUCGUUCCGCCAUCACCCCGUCCAAGCCUAAGCUUUCUGCCCACCGACGAGGCCCUAAGAAUGUAUCGUCGGCUUGGAAGCCACAAGGAGCCGACAGCAGCGUAAAGCUGCGAGGAAGGCCUCCGAUUCAUCGCACGCCCAUCCGUAACCAAGUCUCCCCAUAUGCGCAAGUAGAUGCGGCUGCACCGCUGCAGUCGGCGCAAGUACGCAUCAUGACGCCCACUGCGCCUCCUGGCCUUUUAGUUGCCGGAAUGGGUGUCAACCCUCUCGACGCUGGCGCCAGACCUGCUCGUCCCAGCAUAUCUUUGCAAGUCCCCGAACGACAAGGAGGCACAGUUCGGCUGGCAACACCACCGCUACCACCACCACCAAUUCCAAUGUUACCAAUGAAUGGGCAGCCAGCAAAUGAUCUUCCAACGUUCCCGGGUGCUGGCCAAGGACUACCACCACCGCCACCGCCGCCGCCGCCGCCGCCCCAGGCUCCUCCACCACUCCAGGCUGGCCCAGAAAAGGAUGUGCCAAGAUAUUUCUUUGAAGAUUUGGACGACCGGACCAACCUGGACGGGCUAAUAUCCUACUUCACCCAUGUACUGCACAAUUCCGACUGGGUGGACCCUCAGGGGAACCAGCAAGAGAUAGCAGGGUUAGACGAGUGUACCGCCAUGGUCAAUGCCACGAUCGAGCACAUGUACAAGAAUGCCGAAUCCUCCCAAGCCUUUCUGAUCAACCUGGCGGCAUUGUGCGGCGCCAAGAUGCUCAUGUCGAAUCGUCCGAGAUGCUACCGAGUCGAGACCUCAGAGGGCGUUUACAGCUACUACUUUGAUUGGCAAUAUCGGUUUGGCCCUCUCAAGGGACAGUUUACCAUGACUCAUAGUGUACCAGUGACGAUGUGGAAAAAGCCUGGGCCGGAAGAGCGUAACGAGGCAUCGCAGCAAGAGGAAGAAGGCCUGACAGCGCAGCAGUGGCAGGCCAAGUAUGGCGCUCUCAUGGAUGAAAUUGAGAAGCGAGACCGGGAACUGUUUGAUAUGCAAAACAAGGUAAUAGCGGCAAUGAAGGGGGAUCCCAUUUGAGAGUUGUGAUCAAAAAAAAAAAAGAUACCUAUUUGCUUUUUGAUUUCUUUUAUAUCUUUCUUUUAUAUACUUGCAAGUCCCGAUAUCCUCUUUGAACGGAUCGGGAGGGAAGGGAAACAACGCUUUGGGCACUGAGAUUUGGGGAUUAACUAACAUGGGCACACACUUGGAGUACAUGCUGGGGCACUGUGACUGGCCAGGGCAUUGCAUAUAUUGGAAGGAUGGAAUUUGAUCACUGCAUAUGAGUGUGGGGGGGCAUACAUGGGACACAUUAAGCAUGCAGAG